UCACAUUUUGAGAAGAUCUCAAAGCUUGCAGUUGUUCUUGCUGAACUUGGCUACCCUAUUAUCUUCGUUACUGGUCGAGUAUUUGAGAAGGAUGUCGAAGGCCUGCACCCUCGAAUCACUUUCCAUCCGUUGGUCGAUGGCGAGGAUAAGAUGAGCACGGAAGACUUCAGCACCUACGCAUCGAAGACGCCAGGUCUAGAGCGAGAGAUGUUCAUCACAAAGGUUGCUCUCAUUGGAAGUAUGGACCCGGCGCACGACACCUUGCAACAAGUCUUUCAAGACUUCCGCCAAAGACAUGGCGACAACAAGCCGUUGGUCUCGCUCUUCGACACGCCGGUUAUUGGUCAUCACCCGAUCUUGCUCGGUGCCCCAGGCAUCAAGCCAGACGCAAGCAUUAUCAUCAACUGUCACCCUUUGAUGAUGAAUUCGAAUGACAGCUUUCCGUUCUAUGUAGGCAAAGCGCCACAUACGGGCCCAGAUGCGAAGGCUGUUCAUCAGCAAGCGAUCCUAGAUCAGCGGAACGACCACCAGACCUUCACACUUAGUACCUGGUACUGGGAGGCUUUGAAUGAACGUGGAGCACAGACGAACCUUUAUUUGAUGGACUCGAUGCACGCUGUGACUGAUCAGAUAUUGUCGCUUGGCGUACCCGAAUUCGAAUUCCCUCGCAGUGAUCUCCGACCCACCGUUCAUUAUUUUGGCGCAAUGAAGAAGCCAAAGAAGCUGAAUGCUGGGCAUGUGGAUCUUCCCAGCUGGUGGAACGAGAUUGUGGAAGCGAAGCAGCAAGGGAAGAAGAUUGUUGCGGUCAGCCAAGGCACAAUCGAGACGGAUCUAAACAAUCUGGUGCUGCCGACAUUGGAAGCACUGAAGCACAGAGAGGAUGUGCUAGUUAUCGCAACCACUGUCGCGAUUGAUCCAGUCGAUGUGCCCGACCUUAUCCUGCCACAGAACGCACGAGUGGCGAAGUUCGUGCCUUAUGAUCUUUUGUUACCUAUGGUUAAUGUUCUGGUGAACAACGGUGGAUACGGUGCCGUCAUACAAGCUCUUGAGCAUGGAACCCCUUUGGUCGUCGGUGGUGAAGGCCAAGACAAAGCCAUUACUAAUGCAAUUGUCCAAUGGUCCGGUGUUGGCAUUCACGUCGGCGGCCGGUCCCCCGGCAUCGAGAAUAUCCGUAAGGGCGUCGAAAAAGUUCUGGCUGACGAUUCAUACAAGCAGAAAGCCAGAAUGAUGAGCAAAAACUUUGAAAGGUAUGAUGUUGGGACUGUUGUUGAUGGUGUCAUCCAAGGUGUCGUCCGA